UCCAGAGGCCAUUUUGGGAAGAACAAGUCUACUCAAUAAAUGGAGGAGAACAAAGAAAAUUCAAGCCCUUCAGUCACAUCAGCAAACCUGGACCACACAAGCCCAUGCUGGUACUGGGAUAAGAAGGACUUUUCGCAUACACCAUCACAACUUGAAGGACUUGAUCCAGCCACUGAGGCCCGGUACCGCCGAGAGGGGGCUCGCUUCAUCUUUGAUGUGGGUACAUGUUUGGGGUUACACUAUGACACCCUGGCAACUGGAGUCAUUUAUUUUCAUCGAUUCUAUAUGUUUCAUUCCUUCAAGCAAUUCCCGCAGUAUGUAACUGGAACUUGUUGUCUGUUUCUGGCUGGAAAAGUAGAGGAAACACCCAAAAAAUGUAAAGAUAUCAUCAAAACGGCUCGAAGUUUAUUAAAUGAUGUCCAGUUCGUUGAGUUUGGAGAAGACCCACAGGAAGAAGUCCUGGUGCUGGAGAGGAUCUUACUGCAGACCAUAAAGUUUGAUCUACAAGUGGAACAUCCCUACCAGUUCCUGCUCAGAUAUGCAAAGCAGCUCAGAGGAAAGAAAAGCAAAAUUGAAAAGUUGGUUCAAAUGGCAUGGACAUUUGUAAAUGACAGUCUCUGCACUACUGUGUCCCUACAGUGGGAGCCGGAGAUCAUAGCUGUAGCAGCGAUGUAUCUUGCGGGACGCUUGCACAAAUAUGAAAUACAGGAGUGGACCUCCACACCCAUGUACAGGAGGUGGUGGGAACAGUUUGUUCAGGAUGUCCCUGUUGAUGUUCUGGAAGACAUCUGCCACCAGAUCCUGGAUCUUUACUCACAGGGGAAACAACAGAUGCCUCAUCACACCCCUCAUCAGCUGCAGCAGCCCCCGUGUCUUCAGCCUACACCACAAGUGCCGCAAGUACCUCAGUCACAGACAUCUCAAGGCUCUGAAGCAGCGCUGCCCCAGCAGGAGGACUCCCAGCAGUCAGCUCAGCAGCACUGGCAGCCCAGGAAAGAGUCCCCACAGUCCAGUGCUCCAGGACAGGCUAAGCAAGCCCUGGUGGUUUCUCCAAAGGAAGAGAACAAAACCAUAGAACCACCACCUAAAAUUCCCAAACUUGAGACCACUCACUCACCAUUGUCUCCAGACCGGAAGCCUCCCCUUUCUCCUGCCUUAGCUGAGGCUGAAGCAACUGGUUCAGUGGAAGCAAGCGACUUCCCCAAAAUCCAGAUUCCUCAUCCAUUGAAUCUGGCCCCUGUGCACAAACCUCCCCCAUUGCUAUGUUGGCCCCCACUCCCACCACCUCCCAGGUGCAUGACUGGGAUGUCUACCACCAGCUCCCUCAGGUCAGGAGAUGGCUACCAGAACCUUCAGUCCAUGAUGGAGACCGAGGGACUCUCCUAUGGUGCCCUGCCCCCAGUCCGUGGCCCACCUGCUCACCUUCCCUUCCGCCCCCAUGUCUACCCCCCCAGCCCCCCUCCAUAUCCUGUUCCUACACCCCCAGCUUUCUUCUGUCCACCCACCACUCCUUUCCCUAACCCAGGCUAUCUUCCCCCUCGCCCUAUCUAUAAUCCCAAUUUUCUGCCCCCACCUUCACACCUGCCCCCCACCCAUGCAGUCCCUCCUCACCCUCCUCCAGGUUUGAAUUUGUCACCUGCAGCUAUUUCCCCUGGGAUUCAGCCUCCUGUACCCACCCUCGUUUCCCGACCUCACAUGCCCCCUGUCAGGGGCCUAGGGUGGGCAGCCUGGAUGAGAUAA